GGCAGGCUUUACAGUGAGUCAAACACUCUCAAAGACAGACUACAGACAGGCUCCACAGCACUAAGAUAAGAGCUUACUGUGACUGAGAUCUGGAGCUUCUCUAGUAAAACAGCAAACAAAAAGACUAAACAGCCAAAGUUAGACUGAGAGAGAGAAAGAAACAAAAGAGACACAACUUGUCCAGCGAGAUGGAAAACUGAUUGUCUCCAAGACUUUGAAACUUUUCUGGUGAGGGGGGAGAAAAGAGGAGCAAGGACAAGCCUGAGGAUACUACAGAUUAUGUUGCCAUGGAAACCGAAACCUGGAAGCGGACGCAAGGACCACUGAAGGUGGACAACCUCCCUUGACUGCAUCCUUGACGCGUUACUGUCCCGCUGUGCCCUGUGGUGAGAGAAUGCUGUGGAGAAUAACUAUCCCGGUCAUACUGGCUGGGGUGCUCUGCAUCACAGCAGAGACCAAAAAGCACCGGCCCCAGGGAUCCAUCCCAUCCCCGUACAAGACCAAAGGGAACCUGUCCUCAGAACGUCACCAUCGGCUACUGCAGCAGAAACCAGAGGUGCUAUCCUCCAGCCGAGAGGCCUUGGUGGUGACAGAACGGCGCUACCUCCGCAGAGACUGGUGCAAGACCCAACCCCUCCGUCAGACUAUCAGCGAGGAGGGCUGCCGCAGCCGCACUGUGGUCAACCGUUUUUGCUAUGGCCAGUGCAACUCCUUCUACAUCCCCCGCCAUAUGGGCCCCAGCUCGGGUCAGGGCCAGAAUCGAGGCCAAGCCUCAGGCUCUGGAAGGAAAAGCCACAACAAGGCCCAGGAGCCAUUCCAGUCCUGUUCCUUCUGCAGGCCACACCGCAUCACACAGCUCACAGUGCAGCUGGACUGCCCAGACCUGCAGCCCCCCUUCAGACACCGCAAGGUGCAGAGGGUCAAACAGUGUCGCUGCAUGUCGGUGGAAGUGAGCGGCCAUGGGAAACUGUGAGGAGGGACUUGAAAGAUAAACACUCGAGGAGAAGGCAGAAUGUCACAAACUUUGCCAAACAAGGACUGGCUUCAUGUUGAACUAUUCUGCAUUGUGUUGUACAAAUAAUGGCUUGUCCCACAAUAAAAUGACAUGAAACACGGAACUGGUAUUACUUAACAAAGGCUCGACAAUGAUUUAAUCAGAGACUAGCAGCCAUGUUGGCAAGCUGAUGCUGCUGAAAGAGACUGAUUCAAGUGGCUGCGCAAGAGACACUGAUGAUGAAGCAGCCAAAUUUCAACAACAAUAAACAAGCUGUUCCUCUGUUAUUUCAAAAAGUUCAUAUCUACCUGGCUAUUUGUACAUCUGUCACUAUGUUCCUUUUUGAAAAAGGAGUUACGGGAGUGCCUUUGAGUUCUAAAACUGCAAAGCAUUAUGGAUACUGCUGAUAAUUCAGCGUCUUAAAGAAACUGUAGAAAUAGUGUGACCUCUUUAAAAAGUUUCUGUAAUAUGACAUGUUUUCCUGCAGGUGGAUCUACAGUAACUACACAGUGUGCCGAAAAUGUUUUAAACUGUAGAUGUCUUGUAUCUGUUGUCCUGUAUCUUUUCCUUAACUUUUAUGAUGUCUGAAACGACACACAAGCUGAUGUCAAGGAUAAGAUUUCAAGAAACACUAAGCAACACAGAAACGACCAGUGGCAUCCACCUGCUCGGACACAAGCCUGGCUGUAUACAUCUGCCACAAAUAUACUAGCCAGUAGGAAAAACAUACUGCAGCAUGUGUAAUGGAGGUGCAAUGCAAUAUAUACAGGAU